AUGCCUUCUACAGAGUGUGUUGAAAACCACAAUGGGGGCUUCAACUGUGAAUGCCUACCAGGGCAUGGAUGGAAUGCCAGCAUCUGCCACCAUCACAAAUCCUGCCGUGACUCAAAUUCUUUCCACACCUGUACCUGCAUCAUCUUCCACCAUCCCGACAUUGGGUACUGUCAGUUGCUACCACCUGUCCCCGGGAACCUGAGCCUGUCAUCACUGCCCAGUCCCAGCAGCUCCCUGAUCUUGACCGUCCUCCUUAGCCAUGAGGCCACUCGUCUGGGCUGGUUUCUGCAGCCAGUGGGAAGCCAGACCUCAGUGAAACUGCAACCUGGAACUCAGGUGUUCCUUAGAGUCCAGAAGAACCAGGCUGUCCUCACCAUUGCCAAUAUCUCCCAAGACUGGGCAGGUCAGUAUGCGUGCCGCUUUAUAUCCCGGGGUUUCCAGUGGUUGCUGUACCAGGUGGUGAAAGUGCCCCUGCAGGCUAAUGACGUGAUUCGACAUCCAAGUCAGCUCUCCAUCUCCUGCAAUGCCUUCUCUGGCUUCGAGUUGAGAUGUUGUAUCCCGAACACAGAUCAAACCUACACUGCCUCCUGGAGCCCAAGUCACCUGUCUAGUACCACAGAACUCUCGUCCAGGACCUCUGGGACACAGUGUCUCACUCUAGUUGUGCCAAGAUGUCCUGAGAAUGACACCAAGUACACUUGUAAGCUGCAGAGCCCUGACCUGGACCCUGUGAGCAUCUCUAUCUCCGUCUCUAUAAUCCAAGAUGGAGACAUUACUUGCCCCCAGGACUCUUUGGGUGGUGACUGGAAUGUCACUAAAGCUGGAGACAUAGCCCAGAUCCCAUGUCCUCUGAAUAGGACAGGAAUGGUUGAAAGGCACUGUGGGGCCAAAGGCACCUGGGGGCCCAUCAACAGCAGCUGUACUGAUGUGAGGCUAGUGACCAUGUUUCACCAAGCCCAGCUGUUGUUGGCAGGGCAAGGUCAGCCAAGUAAGAAGGUGCCAAAACUCAUGGUACAGCUGCGGAAGUAUGUAGCAGCUGUGAGUUCCCCCUCUGACCUAUUAGCCCUGUUGGGCACUGUGAACAUCCUGGCCCAGGUGGUGACCAGGGCCAGGACAAAACUUCACCGUAAGACCUUGGAGGAUUUGCUGGUGGCCACAAAUCACCUCUUGGAGUUGGACCCCAAUUCUAUUUGGGCCCCAGCCCAGGCCCAGGUGCCCUCGGUGAGUUCAGCAAUCCUGCAGGCUGUGGAGAGCCUAGGUGGAAGCCUGUGUUCCAACGACCACCCCUUCUCUCUCACCUUGUCCAAUGUACAACUACAGACCCAGCUUCUUGGAUCUAAGACCCCAGAGGACUACAGUAUCUCCUUCUCCACUCAUCCCCCUCUCAGGGUACAAAUACCCCACCAUGCACUGGCUCAGCUGCAUUGGAAGACUGGUAAUGUCAGUAUCACCAGUAUAGCACUGAGAAAAUUGGGCCAUAUCCUACCCAGGAACUUUGGGCAAGGGUUAGAGGACUUAUUCUAUGAGACGCCUGACUUGGUUCUUUCCAACUCCAUCAAAGAUGGCAAUCAGACUGUAACAAAGGGGGAGAUCAUCAUGGAUUUUGGGGGCACAAGGGGUACUCCCACUUGUGUCUUCUGGAACCACAACCUCUUCCAGAAUGCAGGUGCCUGGUCGAAGGAGGGCUGUGAGACUAGAGUGAUUGACACCAGCAGUACCACUCAGUGUGUCUGCUUGCACUUGACCUCUUUUUCCAUCCUUAUGUCCCUCCACUCUGUCCCAGACAACCCAGUUUUGACAUUGAUGACCCAAGUGGGUUUAGGGGCCUCCAUAUUGGCUCUGUUAUUAUGCCUGGGAGUAUACAGAGUUGUGUGGAGGGCUGUCAUUCGGAAUAAGAUAUCUUAUUUUCGACAUGUGGCCUUACUCAAUGUGGUACUCUGCCUACUCACUGCUGACACUUUCUUUCUUGGGGAAUCACUGUUGUCUCUCAGCCCCCACAGCCCGCUUUGCCUAGCUGUCACCUUCCUUUGCCAUUUUUUCUACUUAGCCACUUUCUUCUGGAUGCUAGCCCAAGCCCUGAUACUAGCUCAUCAGCUCCUUUUCAUCUUUCACCACCUAUCUAAACACUGUGUGCUGCCCAUCAUGUUCAUCCUGGGCUAUCUGUGCCCACUGGGAUUUGCAGGUGUAACACUGGGUCUGUACCUCCCUCAGGGACAGUAUUUACAGAAGGAUCAAUGCUGGUUGGAUGGGAAGGGUGGAGCACGCUAUACUUUUGUGGGGCCAGUGAUAGUCAUCGUAGGGGUGAAUGGGCUGGUGUUGGCCAUGGCCGUGAUGAAACUACUGAGGCCCUCAUUGUCGGAGGGGCCCCAGACUGAGAAGCGGCAGGCCCUUUUAGGUGUGAUCAAGGCACUGCUCAUCCUUAUGCCCAUCUUCGGUCUGACUUGGAUGCUGGGCUUGGCCACUUUGAUGGACGGAGGCAAUGAGAUCCCUCACUACCUGUUCACAGUUCUUAAUACCUCCCAGGGAAUCUUCAUCCUCCUCUUUGGCUGUCUUAUGGAUAAGAAGGUACGAGAAGCACUACACAAACGCCUCUGCUGUAUCCUUCCUGCUGUCUCUACCGUCUCCCUGUUCUGGAGACAUUCCCCUGCUGGAAUGUGCACCCAAGAGUCGCCAUUCCAAAAAGAUGAAAUCAGCAACUUCAACUUUGCCUUUAACUUUUUUAAAAACUGA